CCUCGGGCGGCCUUCGGAGGGGUUCUGCUAGUUUCAGCGCGGUGGGGUCUGUCCCUGUCGGAUAUAGUGUACUGUCCUGGCGGGAGGGGCGGCCCAUUGCGGGUCGUGCCUCCUGGAGCCGCCCCCGGGACGUGAGUCCUGGAGGAGGCGAGGGAUUGCUGCAGCUGCGGAAAAGACUAUGAACAGGUCAGAGAACUUGUUCUUUACCGGCUCCUCAUUAGCAUCCCAAGUUCAUGCUGCUGCCAUUAAUGGAGAUAAGGGUGCUCUUCACAGGCUCAUCAUAGGAAACUCUGCCCUUAAAGACAAAGAAGAUCAAUUUGGGAGGACACCACUUAUGUACUGUGUGUUGGCUGACAGACUGGAUUGUGCAGAUGCUCUCCUGAAGGCAGGAGCAGAUGUUAAUAAAACUGACCACAGCCGGAGAACAGCCCUCCAUCUCGCAGCUCAAAAGGGAAAUUAUCGUUUCAUGAAACUCUUACUUACACGCAGAGCAAACUGGAUGCAAAAGGAUCUGGAAGAGAUGACCCCUUUGCACUUGACUACUCGGCACAAGAGCCCAAAGUGUUUGGCGCUUCUGCUGAAGUUUAUGGCACCUGGAGAAGUAGAUACACAGGAUAAAAACAAGCAAACCGCCCUGCAUUGGAGUGCUUAUUACAAUAACCCGGAGCACGUGAAGCUGCUCAUCAAGCACGAUUCCAACAUCGGGAUCCCCGACGUCGAAGGCAAGAUCCCACUUCACUGGGCAGCGAACCACAAAGAUCCCAGUGCUGUUCACACAGUGCGAUGCAUCCUGGAUGCUGCCCCCACGGAGUCCUUACUGAACUGGCAAGACUACGAAGGUCGGACACCUCUUCACUUUGCCGUCGCUGAUGGGAAUGUGACAGUGGUGGAUGUCUUGACCUCAUAUGAAAGCUGCAAUAUAACGUCUUACGACAACUUAUUUCGAACCCCACUUCACUGGGCAGCUUUACUAGGCCAUGCACAGAUUGUCCAUCUUCUUUUAGAAAGAAAUAAAUCUGGAACCAUCCCAUCCGACAGCCAAGGAGCAACACCCUUGCACUAUGCAGCUCAGAGUAACUUUGCUGAAACAGUUAAAGUAUUUUUAAAACAUCCUUCAGUGAAAGAUGAUUCAGACCUGGAAGGAAGAACUUCCUUUAUGUGGGCUGCUGGAAAAGGCAGUGAUGAUGUUCUUAGGACCAUGCUGAGUUUAAAAUCUGACAUUGAUAUUAACAUGGCAGACAAAUAUGGAGGCACAGCUUUACAUGCUGCGGCCCUUUCUGGCCAUGUCAGCACCGUGAAGUUAUUGUUGGAAAAUAACGCUCAGGUAGAUGCCACUGAUGUCAUGAAGCAUACUCCACUUUUCCGAGCCUGUGAGAUGGGACACAAAGAUGUGAUUCAGACACUUAUUAAAGGUGGAGCAAGGGUAGAUCUAGUGGAUCAAGACGGACACUCUCUCCUACAUUGGGCAGCACUGGGAGGAAAUGCUGAUGUUUGCCAGAUAUUGAUAGAAAAUAAGAUCAAUCCAAACGUGCAGGAUUACGCAGGAAGAACCCCUCUGCAGUGCGCUGCCUAUGGCGGCUACAUCAACUGCAUGGCAGUGCUCAUGGAAAAUCAUGCAGACCCUAACAUUCAAGACAAAGAGGGAAGAACAGCUUUGCAUUGGUCCUGUAACAACGGAUACCUUGAUGCCAUUAAACUACUAUUAGACUUUGCUGCUUUUCCUAAUCAGAUGGAAAACAACGAAGAAAGGUACACUCCCCUUGACUAUGCCUUGCUCGGUGAGCGCCAUGAAGUGAUCCAGUUCAUGCUGGAGCAAGGCGCCCUGUCCAUCGCAGCCAUACAAGACAUUGCUGCCUUCAAAAUCCAGGCCGUCUACAAAGGGUACAAGGUCAGAAAAGCUUUUCGAGAUCGGAAAAAUCUCCUCAUGAAGCACGAGCAGUUGAGAAAAGAUGCUGCCGCCAAGAAGCGAGAGGAAGAAAACAAACGAAGAGAGGCAGAACAACAGAAGGGAAGGCUGAGCCCAGAUUCCUCCAGAGCCCAAGCCCCUCCCUGUGUGCCCAACACCCAGGCUGAGCCCCACAGGCAGAGCUGGGCCCGCAGCAAACAGCCUCCCACGGGUGGCGCAGCCCAGGACCCUGAGGGGAGAGCCCCCCAGAGGGAGGCUGGGAACAGCCCCCCAGAUGUGCAGGGAACAGACCCCAGAAAGCCAAAUGAAUCACCCAGAGAACAAUCUAAAGGCCGAUCUGCCUGUGUCCACUUCAGCCCCAGUGAAGGCAAUGAUGGAAACAGGCCUCCAGGAGUGUCCUCUGUUGAGAAGUCCAGAGGUGAGACAGUUGGCGAGCGGCGAUGUGACAAGGGGAAAGGCUUCUUGAAGCAGCCCUCCUGCAUCAGGGUGGCUGGGCCUGAUGAGGAAGGAGGGGACCCCAGUGGGCCAGCUGCAAGCCUUCCACAGCAGGAUGGCCACCGGAAGCCCAGCAGGCGGCAGGACCCAGCACCCAAAGCCAGAUGUGCCUCCCAGAAAAGGCGCAUUCGAGAGCUCAGAGGAGGAAGGGGCUCCCUGUCUGGUUCUAGCCAGCCUGGCAGUGCCAAGGGGGAGGUGGUCCACACUGGGCAGAAUCCUCUCCACCAUCGGACACCAAGAAACAAAGUGACACAGGCCAAGCUCGCAGGAGGCAUCUACUCAGAUUUGCCACAGAGCACAGAGGUGUUGAGGUCAGCAGUGAGGAAGUCGGGAACAUCCACCCUGUCUGAGGACACUCGGCUAUCCAAGGAGACUGAUCCGGCACCUGGUCCCCUCUCCGGGCAGAGUGUCAGUAUUGACCUUCUCCCCGUAGAGCUGCGGCUGCAGAUAAUCCACAGAGAAAGGAGCAGGAAAGAGCUGUUUCGCAAAAAGAACAAGGCGGCAGCUGUCAUCCAGCGGGCCUGGAGAAGCUACCAGCUUAGGAAGCACCUGUCCUACCUCUUGCACAUGAAGCAGCUUGGAACCAGAGAUGUGGACAGAUGGAACCGAGAGUGCCUGGCGUUGCUGCUCCAAGUUUGGAGGAAAGAGCUGGAACUAACCCCCCAAAAGGCCACUGCAGUAAACAGGACCACAAAGAGUUCAUCCAAAGGCAGCUCAGGCACCAAGUCCACCAGGCACUUAGUACUCAAGCAAAUCUAUGGUUGUUCUCAAGAAGGGAAAGUACCUCAUCCCACAAGAUCUUCCAAAGCCCAUUCCGUGCUGCGCCUCAAUUCAGUGAGCAACUUGCAGUGUAUCCAACUUCUUGAGAACAGUGGAAGAUCAAAGAAUUUUUCUUAUAACCUCCAAUCAGCUACUCAAUCAAAAACCAAAACAAAGCUUCGACCGCCUCUGGAGGAAGACCGUGUCCGGGGGAGCUGGAAUAGCUAGUGCAGAGUUCUCAUCCUCUCCUGAUUAACAUUUACAUCUUGAGAAACUUUACUAUUCAUGCCCAAAGUCAAUAAUAGCUUGAAAACAUGGUAAUAACUGAAUGACCAUGUCAGGAUGUUUUCUCUCUGCUCUUCUACAGCACUAUCUGCCCUCACUUCAGUCAGUAUGGCUAUAAAGUAGAACAUAUAAUUAACAGUAACGUCUAAGCAAAACUAAGAACAUGAGCACUAACAUGAGAUUUCUGCCAGCCAGCUGAUGUAAGCCUGGUUUUUGGCUCUAGUGAAGAACCUAGAUGAGACGGGGGAAGAGCCUGUCCUACAGCAGCCAUUUUUAUCAGUUGGACUAGACCAUUCAUGCCCAAGGUACCAAAAUUCAGGCCUUAUUAUUUCACUUGUAUUUUCUGCCUGACCUAUAGGUGAGCAAGCUUGUCAAAAUGCCAUUCCUAGUAGCAGGGAAAACACAUUCUUGCUCUAAGAACACCUGGCAUAAAUAAAACCCAGUGAUUAUAGGUUUUUCACAUUUUUUUAAAGAUUUAUUUAUUUCUGAGAGAGAAAGCGCAAGCAGGGAGGGGGUGGGGGGAA